CUUUUGAAACCUUAGUGUCAACCCCUGCAUCAGUUCUUUCCUGUUAGUGACUCCGAGGUUCCCACAGAGAUAUUUGACUAUGGCUGAUUCUGCCAUUUCAACGCCCUGUAUUCACCGGCCUCUCACUCAGUGGCGGAUUUAGCAAAUCGUAGGCCCAAGGCGAAGAUAUGUAUGGGAACCACCUCAUCCAACCUUUAAAAGAGAAAGGAGAAAAAAGUACAGAGUGAAUGUUUGAUAGGCAGGUAAAGCUAAUCUACUGAGUAGGCCUACAGUGUCCUCAGAAUACUCAGAGUAAGAGUAAGAAUGUUUGUUAUGUCGUGUGACUCUUUAAUAGACAGGGUUAUUUUCUUCCUUCAUUUCUCUUCAGUGAGCCAUCUUGUUGGGUUGGAUCAUUCAUGUAUUUCUUCAUUCUUAUCAUAUUACAUACUUUAAAGGCAGCUAUUCAGAAAGGAGCCACGGCUAGAUGGCCCACACAAUUUGCACGCAUACAUGAUUGUCAUUGAUGUAAAUUAUUUUAGUCCAUGCUAUUUCUGAUGACAUGUUUCAAGCUAACAACAGUUAUGAAUGGUCUCUUCUCCACAUAAUGAACAACACCAUAUAAGGUUUUCUGAUUUUUUUGAAAAAUGUAAUACUACAAACAUAGCCACUUUGCAAAUUCUGCUAAAGCCAAGACAGACCAAAGGUUUACCUCAGUAAAUGCGAACAUGUAGGCGUGGCUUAUUUACCAUUCCACCCCGCCCGAGACGACCAUACUACAAAGGAUCAAAAUAGUAGUAUUGGAGAGCAUGCCAGGAGGACCACGAUUCGGACAACUCAACUCGGCGAGCCUUGUAUUCUGAGUCAACAUCCGGCACAGUCCGUCGUCAAAGCCCCCAGCCCAACUCCACCUCCUCCCCCGUCCAUGGCCUCCGCCGCCCGGCGCGUCAGGAGGAGGAACACCUUGCCCGCCCAGCUGCCCUCCCACCCGUAUAUAACCGAGAUUUGCUUGUUCUUCCUUGAAGGCAGCUGUAUCCACCCCAUAGGCGAAUGUUGCGGAGCUCAUUACAGGCUGCCUUACAGCUGGGAAGUUCUGGAGGGCCAUCAGUGGACGCUGCUGGAAAGCUCAGAGGAGAUAGAAGAGGAUUACUGUAACCCCCAAAAAACAUACAGCACGGUGGAUGUAGAAGCGGUGUGCUUUGACACCAUGACGCGUGGACUCCAGAAGGUCAGGCGUCUCUCCUCCAUCUCCUCAGUCCUCCAGCCCACCUUCCUACUCACCACUGAAUGGCUCUGGUACUGGAAGGACGAGAAUGGGAACUGGUACCAGUACGAUUCACCGCCCAACAGCAGCACAGAGCUGGAGCAGAAGUUCCAGAACGACCCCCAGGAGGUGGUGGAGUUCACCGCAGGGUCCCAGACCUACACACUCAGCCUCCAGGACAUGAUCCAGACCAAUAAGACAUACGGCACCAAGAGGAGGGUGAGGCGACGGCCUCGUUUCCUGUCCCCCGGCGUCGUGCAGGUUAUCAGGGCAAGUAGAAAUGGUCCACCAAAUGUCCAACCUUUUCCCAAUCACUGGGACAAGACUCAGGUUCCUGAUAUUGGAUACAAGAAAGUUCUGCUGCAAGAUUCGUCCGAAGAAUACAAAGAGGUGGAGACGCUGUUUCGUCAGACGAUGACCACCUUUGACAUCGUGAAGAUCGAGAGGAUUCAGAACAAGACUCUCUGGGACAAAUUUCAGUUGCAAAGGGAACAAAUGAAGAUGAGGAAUGGGGGUCGUUACGUGGCCGAGAGGAAGCUGUUCCACGGCACAGACUCCAAGUUCAUCAACGCCAUCUGCAGCUCGAACUUUGACUGGAGGAUCUGCGGAACCCACGGGACCGCCUACGGCAACGGCAGUUACUUUGCCCGGGACGCCAGCUACUCCCACCACUUCACCGGGAACGCCUCGACGGUCCGCUCCAUGUUUGUGUCCCAGGUGCUGGUGGGUGACCACACCCGGGGUUCGGCCGGCUACAUGCGCCCCCCCUCCAAGGACGGCGGGGACCCCCUCAGUAAGGGUGCACUUAGCCGGCGCACAUUCUACGACAGCUGCGUCGACGACAUCCACUCACCCUCCAUCUUUGUCGUCUUCGACCGGCCUCAGAUCUACCCGGAGUUCCUGCUCUCGUACAAGUAGAAGGAUGCGGUCGUGGACGACUCGUUGUCCAUGUUACUGGCCUCCGCCGCACUGGUGGUGAAACCCACGCCUGUGGUAAUACCCACGCUUGUGCCCAGAUCCAAGCACCCUCGGCAGUACUAAGGCCCUUUCUCGUACGUUCGCAAAAGCUGGAAAGAGGACAGCUCGGACGAGGACAGCUGGGCCUGGGACUAACUACCAUAGCCCGAAGCCGAAGCCAAUGGACUCAUGUGUGUUCUGUAAAAGGGCUUUGGGGUCUGGGACCCGUCAUUCUCAUCUGGAAAGCCUGGGGUAUAAUAAUAAGAAUAUGUAUUUAUGUACUUUCAAAUCUGGCAAAAUACACAGAGAAAAAUGCUUUAUGUUAACCGUUGGUUAAACAUAGAUAUAUAUCUCCCACAUGACAUUUUGUAAAGUGUUAAAAAACAAUCCGAUAUAAAGACGCUAAAUACUCACAAC